AUUCCCAACACCUGUAAACAAAAAUGGCCAAGAUCAGUCACGGUAUGUGCCACCCAUACGAGCGUCAAAACGCUAAGCAGAAACGAGAAAACAUAUACCCCGGCUAUCAGAGAUAGCUCUUAGAAUCUGCUGUUUCUUUCUCGUUAAUACUGGUUUUCAGUGAGGCCCAUAUACCAAGAUCUUAACUAUGAGAACUGAUCGUCCCCAAGAUCUCCACACACAAAACAUGAGACAAGCAACAUGAAUCCAUGCUGCUUUUCCAGAACAAUUAAACUUGAUAGCCCGAUUAAAUCUCGGCUAUUCGCAAAAUCAGCAUAUAUUCCCCCUUGUUUAUCCAAGCCAACACUCCCAAAUACCAUUGCCUGGGUCUCUUCUAUUUCUGCGCCAGUUCCAAAAACAACAAUACUAACUAUUCCAGACGUUUCUUCUUCUCGUUCUAAGUCUAGAAAGGCUCACUUCAGCUCCUCUUCUGCUGAGAGAAGAGUGUUGAUGUCUGCUCCUUUGUCCAAGGAGUUGAGAAAGCAAUACAACAUCAAGUCCAUUCCUAUCAGAAAGGAGGACGAGGUCACCGUUGUCAGAGGCUCCAAGAAGGGUUCUGAGGGCAAGAUCUCCACCGUCUACAGAUUGAAGUUCUCCGUGCAAAUCGAGAAGUUGCAAAUCGAGAAGUCUUCCGGUGCCUCUAUCCCAAUCAACAUCCACCCAUCCAAGGUUGUCAUCACCAAGUUGUACUUGGAUGACAAGAGAAAGGCUUUGAUUGAGAGAAAGGGCGGCAAGGUGGAGUAAGCGCACUCUGUGUAAGUUAAUCCAAAUAAUACAUAUCUGUAACGACGAAUUUUGUGUAAGCAAGCGCAGCCAGUGAGUGUGAUCAUUGUGAUCAUCUAGCGUUUGACGCCUGAGUGUGGUUCCCAUUUGCUGGAGAGUAAGAAGGGUGCUUUCUGACCGGAAAAAACUUGGUAGGUUUGUUCCAGGGACUGUUCAAGCAGUUCGUUUCGCAAACUAACGUUUCAAAUAUUUUGGAAUUUAAGGUACGCCCCACUGAGAAGUCGUUGGUACGAAGACGAUUCAUUUUGAUUACUAGUCCAAGACCCUUUUGUGCACGACCAACCGUGGCAGGUGGCUUUAUUCCGAAAAAUGCUUGGUUCAUGAAAAUUAUCGAGCCUCUAGCAAAAGGUUAUCAGCA